AUUUAAAACAUGUAACCUACACUCACCAUGGCAAAUGGAGCUUCCCAUCAGAUGGCAGUCCAAAUCUCGACUGGUGGCUAUGACAACGCGGGCUUAGAGGAUUUUUCUGAGGGGAUCACGACAAGAUGGGUUAAGCAAUAUCCUGAGAGAGAGUUACGCAGUUUUGAACUGGCCCUAAAACGCUACCUUGAGGAAGGAAACACAAAUUCUUUUCUAAGAACUUUACAAUGUCUGAGCGGCUCAUUUCUGUCGAUCCGACAUUCACCAGCAAGACAAACCAUCGGGAGGUACAUUCUUGGCCGGGCCGUGGAACGCAAUGACAUAGAACUCGUGACGCAGUUGAUACGCCAUGGUGCUGACGUCACCGAAUUCCACAGAGGCCAAAGUGUGCUCCAUCUGGCGGUUAGUUUAGGAAACCUCCCAAUGGUGAAGCGACUGGUGGACACAGGAGCUGGUUUGUAUCAGCUGGACAGAAGAGGCAAUUCCAUAAUAUUUACAGCCUUGGAUUCACCUAGUCCCAACAAGACUGAAGUAUUAAACUGGCUGAUAGAUCAUGGCGUAGACUUGGCGAAGCGAAACCACGCCGGGAAGGAACCUCUCCACGUGGCCGCCACGUCAUCAGUUGAGCUCGUGGACAUUUUCGUCAACGCAGGGUGUGACGUAAAUGCACGUGAUGACGUGAGUGGUUGCACUCCUCUCCAUUUCGCCUGUGCCCGAUGCUGUCCAUCAACAAUGGCUUAUCUUCUCACCACUGGAUCUAAUAUCAAUCUGAUGAACUUUGACAACGAAACUCCUUUGCUCAAAGUUUUAAAAUAUGUUGAUGGUUUUCUUGACACGCAUUCAAGGACUCGCAUGUGGAUGGCCAGGUGUCUCGUCCACCUUGGCGGCCAUCUUGGAUUCCUUCACCAAGCUAAAUACAUCAGGAAACCAGCACAUCGAAAAUGUCUUGGACAUUUCAGACAUAUCGUUCACAGUUCAAGAGAAAUCAGUUCGUUGCAACACAAGUCUCGUUUAGUGGUAAGAGAAUGUCUUGGAAAUUUGGGCCUGUCCAAAAACGUGGAAGCAUUACCCAUUCCCCAAGAUUUAAGACAAUACAUUAUGUUCGCUGACACGCGAACUGUCCAGUUUCUGUGCAAUAUAGCGAGAUCCAAUCCAACAAUGACAUUUUUGUAAUGUACUCCUUGUAAUGACAUUUAAAGGAGAAGAAAACUUAAAUGUCAAACAAAUACCAUUGAAAAGAGCAUGUACUUCCUCGCAGGUGCAUGCCAUAAAAAUUUUAAUAUGUACCUCAAGUUGAUAAAUUAUAAAUAAAGUUAGCGCCAAACUCCGCUGUGGGCGACUCCAUUUUGCCUAAGAACUAGUCCUGAAGUCUUCUGUGUCAGGAGGAGAAUUGGCGUCGGAAACCGCCGAAGUGCAGUUCGUACAUUUCCGGUAGACCUCUUUUUCCCACAAGGUAACGAACAGUACAGUUCGUUUUUCGCUUGACGAUCGGGAAAGCGGAAUGUUGGACGUAGGUUCCGAGUUUACACCAACAAGCCGGCAGUUUUAACGACUCUCACUGGCUGAGAGGAAACACACCCCCAGUAAAAAAUAACAGGGUGUGAAAGAUGGAGGACGCGAUGGAGUU